UAGGGCGAGAAAUACGGGGAAACCAGGUACCGCAACGGCCGCUGUUCCCCUCUGUGCGCUGCGCCCCCUGGCGGCGAGAGGCGGUACUGCGGCACUGUGAUGCGACCCUUUAAAAGGCCGGCGGUGUGAGUGGCGCGGCAGCGGCUCUCGGACCUCCGACCGUAGUCUGCCGUGCGCUCGCAGGAUGCUCGAGGAAGUGGUGUGCGUGGCGGCCGUCACGGUGCUGGGCGUGCUGGAGCAAGCCUACUUCUCCCUGCAGGUGAUCUACGCCCGGCGGAAGUACUCCGUCUCCCCUCCAGCCACCGCGGGACCCCCCGAGUUUGAGCGAGUCUUCAGGGCGCAAGCGAACUGCUCUGAAUACUUUCCCAUCUUCAUCGUCGUCCUCUGGGUGUCCGGUGCCUUCUUCAGCCAAGCUGUGUCCUCCGGCCUGGGGCUGCUCUACCUGUACGGACGAUACCGGUACUUCAAAGGCUAUUCGGCAUCUGCGCAGGGAAGGUUGGCACCGCUCUACUUCAGCGCCAAAGUGCUCUGGAUGCUCGUCGGACUGUCCGGCCUCGGCGUCUUCAAUGUCGUCGCCAAGCUCUAUCUGGGGCUGGACCUCCUGCAGCUGAUGACUGACAUCUUCACCUGAGUGACUUCUGCGUACCUGACGUCGAGCUGUUUAUUCCCACUUUAACUCUGUAAAUCGUGACUCGUUCCCUAGUUACACACCCCUUUCCUGUCGUACGCGAUCCUCCUCUGUUGCCAUGGCGACCCGCAGCCUUCCAGGGAACGGCUAAACAUCUUUGUGCAUUUGUUUGGGAAUUUGAAUACUUACAUUUAUUUUGCAUGCCGGAACAUCAGAGGAGGGGCUCGGACGAUAGGAGAACGAGGGCGGCUUUGUGUCCAGCGCUUUCUCUGAACGGUUCCGUUCCGUGUGGCUCGCUGUCGUUCGCAUCGUACUCUGUUUUUACCGCGUGUUGCUGCGGCCGGGGUCGUCGCGCAGGGCGAGGGUUUCUUCUACGUUCGGUUCGAGUUUCGGGUCAAUAAUUCUGCUUUCCUCCGCUGUUCGGAAAAGACGGGAGACUUCGGUUUGAUAAGGGUUCAUCUUAAGCGUAUUUAAGAUUUCCAUCCCCGCGAAAGUUUGCCUGCCAAGUAAAGACCUAAGAGGGCAGAGUUCCUAUGAAUUGUUUCUCUUUUGUGUGGAAAAUAUAGGAACACCUUUUUUUUUUUUUUCCCCCCACCACAAAGGUUCAUGGUUCGAAAUGGUCCAAGUCAGUUGGGCGCAAAAACAAGAGAUAUUCUUGCGGUUACAGUGUCAAAAAAGAAAAUCCAUGGUGAAUCUGCUGUCUGAAUUUCUGCUUGCUUUUGUGCUGAAAACUGCCCUCUUGAAAAC